UCUCGAAAUUACAUUUCGAUAGACCCUAAGGGUGUAGACUACAUAUAUUUAGCUUUUUAAAGAAAACAAAGGUGGGGUAAGCUACCCCUUUCCUCAUGCCUGUACACGCCCCCAAUACUUCAGACUUAUUUUAGCUUUUGAACAGUCAAGAUGUCGGAUUUUUACGGUAGAAGACAAUUUUUCGACGCAAGAACCGGCAAGUACUUUACUAGCGAACAAGAAGCCCGAGAUUUUGAGUUUAGGGCACGUGAACAGUGGGAAAAUCGGCAGAGAGGAUAUUACGGUGCGUACGUUUAUCCAGACAGGGAGCGUUCGCCGCGUAGAGACUAUCGUAAUUUUGAUCCGCAUUUCUACCCCCUACCAUAUGAGCAACCUGAAUUCUACCCUGACCACCGUUAUAAUUAUAAUUUGGAGAGCCAGUAUGGUCGAAGCUUUGAAAACCAGCAGCAUUAUCUUGAUAAUGAAGCUAGGCCGGGUAGCUCAGGGCAACGCGGAAGGGAGGAUCGGCAGGAGAAUUCCGGAGGUGGUAGUGGGAGAAAGCUUAAGGCCUUGAAGGGAAGAUUGGAGCGUAGGCCUAGAGAAAAAGAGCAACCCGACGAUCCAUGUGACAGUGAAGAAGAUGACGGCGGAGACGACGAUCGAGAUAGGAAUAGACCAUGGCGUCCAAGGGGGACGCAGGAGGAGUCAGAGAUCGUUCUUGUUGAGUCGUCAACAACGGUUUCGAAGGAAAUCAGCGACGAGAUUAGGGUUUGGCAGACCAGCGGGCUGUCGACGGAGGAAUCGAAGGCCAUAUCAAAAAAGUAUACGCUGGAAUUUGAAGAUCCAUCCUUCUCUAUCAAACCCCCCAGGUUAGAUAGCUUUAUGUUGAGGCACGCUAAAGACAAGAACUGUGUGAAAGCGGUAUGUGCGGCGGAAGAAGCGCACAUUGCGACACAGUUGAAAAUCAUGGACAUUGCUCCACCUCUGAUCGACCUGUACUGCAAGGUCUGCGCUCUGGACGAAGGAGAAGAGGAAGCACAGGCCAAGAUGGCUGUGCAAGCGGUUUUGCAACAGUGGGGUCGUGCGUACCACUACAUCACGCAAAAGCGAAGACGGUCGGUUGUGUCGUUGGUGGACCCGGCUUUUGAUUUCCUCCUGUCAACUCCUAGCGCUUAUGCUCCUGGAAAGGAGGCUGUAGAGCUCCUUUUUACAGAGAAAUUCCUCGAGUCGAUGCUGAAAGAAGCGACUCAGGAUGCCACGUUGGCUAACUCGGCAGCAGCCAGGGAGAGGACCCAGGCGGGUAGAAGGAAAGCAGCGAGUCACCCAGGCCAGUCGACCCGGGUUUUGCGGCCGAGGAGAGUAGACGCCCCACAAACGUACCCGGAUGGAAGACAGAAUGGUGCUGGCAAGUGGGUUCGGACGGCGACGACCAAGUCAUGGUUGAGUGGAGGAGACAGGUAUGUCAACAGAAACGUCAGUUGUAGCAUUAAAUCUGUGGCAACCGGUCACGUAGAGCAUGUGGGUUCGCGUUUGUUAAGUUUUUCAAAAAUUUGGGAGAGCGUAACUGACGAUUUUUGGGUAUUAGAAAGUGUGGCGAAGGGGAUUAAAUUGGAUUUUUUGAGAACGCCGAAGCAAGUAAAAACCCCCCGUUCAGUAGUAAUGUCGGCUGAGAUGUUGAGCGUAUGCGACAGAGAAGUUCACGAAUUGCUUCGAAAGCAAGCCGUAGUUGAAAUCUCGGAAGACGCUUCCGACGGUUUCGUGUGUUCAUUAUUCGUGAUUCCAAAAAAGACAGGUGGCUUCAGACCGAUCGUAAAUCUGAAGCCGUUGAAUGCGUUCAUUAGAUAUGAGCAUUUCAAAAUGGAGAAUUUGGACUCCGCGCGUUUCAUUCUAAGGAAAGGGGAUUGGAUGGCGAAGUUGGAUUUGAAGGACGCGUAUCUAACGGUUCCUGUUCACCCAUCCCAUCAUAGAUUUUUACGCUUCGCAUGGAGGGGGCGUAUUUAUCAGUUCAACUGUCUGGCUUUCGGAUUAGCGCCCGGACCAAGGUGUUUUUCGAAGAUUCUGAGAGUAGUGGCGGCCUAUCUGAGGAGGCAAGGGCAGAGAAUGAUAAUUUACCUCGACGACAUUUUGAUUGUAAAUUCAUCAAAGGAGGGCGCCAAGAAUGACGUCAAGAAAGUGAUUGAUUUGUUGCAGAACCUUGGUUUUUUGAUAAACUGGGAGAAAUCUAUCACGGAGCCAGCCCAGAUACUGGAGUAUCUGGGGCUGGUGAUCAAUUCGAUCAAAUUAUCGUUUGCGCUACCGACGGAAAAAGCAUCGGCGGUUAAGACCAGAUGCGAUGCGGCUCUGGCGAGAGGUUCGAUUACGUUGCGCGAAAUGGCGUCAAUAAUGGGCAAUUUCACGUGGGCGAUUCCGACAAUUCCGUUUGCGCAGGCGCAUUUUCGAAGAAUGCAAGCGCUGUACAUUGAACAAGCCAGGCGCGCUAAGUUUAAUCUGCAAGUUAGAUGCCCGCUGUCGGCGGAAGCAAGGUCGGAUCUGGAAUGGUGGUCUAGCAACUUAAGUCGCGGCAGGGAUAAGGUGUUUUUUCCGCACGUGCCGGACUUGGAAAUUUUUUCAGACGCCUCGAUGACGGGUUGGGGAGCAUGUUGUAAUGGAGUACGAACAAGAGGCUCUUGGACGAAGGCGGAUACAGAGAAACACAUAAACGAGCUGGAAUUGCUGGGCGCAUUGUAUGCAGUUCAAGCUUUUGCGGCAGAAUCAGGGAAUAUUUCCAUAAGGAUCUACUUGGAUAAUAUUACAGCGAUAGCGUAUAUUAACCACGGGGGCGGCACCAGAUCGAAAGCGUUGACUAGGAUAUCGGCUGCACUCAUCGGAUGGUGUGAGAAGCGGGACAUAGCCAUUGAAGCAAUUCAUCUUCAAGGCAAGCUAAAUGUGGUGGCCGAUGAGGAGUCUAGAGCGGGCCCAGACGCGGGCGACUGGAUGUUGAAGCCAUCGGUCUUCAAAAAAGUGCAGGGAAUAUGGUUGUCUAAAGUAGACGUUUUUGCGUCUCACUGGAACGCACAGCUAUCGUCGUACAUGUCUUGGAGGCCGCAACCGCAAGCGAUGGGAACUAACGCGUUUUCCAUUAAUUGGAAGGGUCUCUCUGGUUAUAUUUUCCCCCCCUUUUCGCUUAUAUUUAAAUGCUUAGAAAAGAUUCGGAGAGAAAAAGCUGACGCAGUUUUUGUUUGCCCUAUAUGGUCAGGACAACCAUGGUUUCCCGUCCUUCUGGAGUUAGCUUGCGACGUGACUUUGCUCCUUCGUCAGGAGCUGGAUCUGCUUACAUCAGCGCUCCAGGAGCCACACCCCUUGUUAGCGACGAAUGCAUUGCACCUGGCCGUCUGGAGAUUGUCAGGCGACAGUUGCGCGACCGAGGUUUUUCGUCAUCAGUGGUCAACCUUCUCAUGGCCGGUAACCAACCAGGAACGCUUGCCGCAUACGAUUCCGCGUGGCGAAAUUGGACAAAUUGGUGUGUGGGGAGGGGUACGGAUCCCUUGUCGGCAACUUUAGCGGACAUUUUGCAAUAUUGCACGGACUUGCACGCCUCGGGCAAGUCCUAUAGCACGGUAAACCUUCACAGAUCAGCGCUAUCAAAAACAUUAGGUCCAAUUGAAGGAUUCGCGAUAGGAGAGCAUCCAUUAGUCACUAGGCUGUUAAAAGGAUGUUACCAUUUGAACCCUCCGCGUCCGAAAUACAGCAGUAUCUGGGAUACUAAUCAGGUAUUUACUUACAUUGCAUCGCUAGGCGAAAACAAACAUCUGGCGCUGAAAGCAUUGGGAGGUAAGUUGGUCACACUUUUGGCGUUGGCCACACUAAUGAGAGUAUCCGAAUUGGCGGCGAUCGACUAUCACUCUAUUAGGUUCGGGGUUGAAGGUGGAGUGAAAUUCGCGCUGAGGAAGUUAAGGAAGGCACAGCGGUGCGGACCGCUUAAAUCGUUUACUAUAGCGAGUAACCCAACCCCCGAAUUAUGCCCAGUUUUGACGUUGGAAAACUUUUUGGAGCGUACGAAUCAGCUUCGGUCUCAGUCAAACGAAGGCAGCUUGCUUAUUGCGCUCGUCGCGCCUCACAAACCGGUUACGGCUAACACGGUGAGCCGAUGGAUCAAAUCGGUUUUGGGAAGAGCGGGCGUCGACACGGCGAAUUUUGGAGCACACUCCACAAGAAGCGCGGCCGCUUCGGAAACGGUUAAUGCGGGGGUACCGAUCGACUCGGUAGUAAGGACCGGAAAUUGGGCGAAUAAGGCGACAUUCAACCGAUUUUACAAUCGCGCGUCGGUGCGGAUUGUCCAUGGUCAAAAUUAAAAAUUAAACGAAACCAACAAGCUUUAAAGUCACCCUUAGGGUCUAUCGAAAUGUAAUUUCGAGAUACAAUUGGUAGUUACCAGAGGGAUCGUUCAACGAUCCCGAAAGGUAACUGUAAUUGUAUGAGAAAUAAAUGAAGAGACGACCCUAAGGGUCAGUCACCAAACCUUGGCCAACCAGUUUUCAUUUAUUUAUAGUUUCAUUUGAAUUUCUAACAUUACAGACCAUUCCGUGGUCGAAAGACGAGAGGUUACUCUAGAGGCAGAAAUAACGUUAACUCAAGCCAAGCGGGUCGGUAGAUUGGAGACGAAAAUGACAAAGAACAGCACAGCACGAGAGACGGGCCAUGGAAGAAGACAAUACCCGUUAAAAAUUAUGCCAUGGUCAUGCCUUAAAAUUUUUUGUUUUGUUUGAACUGCCUUUGUUUAUUGUUUGUGUUUUGUCGGGACUGAUAAUUGGGACAGAGUUUUUUUCCCUGACUCAAGCUUUAUCAGGUUUUUCUCUGCUCCCUCUCAGUUACCCAUUAUGGGAUCCUGUAGUCAUUUUUUGUCCAUGUCAGUGAAGUGCGAAGAGCACCGUAUUUGAUUUGUAAUUGGGCCGGUACACGCUCUGUGAUAGCAAAUAAGUCUGAAGUAUUGGGGGCGUGUACAGGCAUGAGGAAAGGGGUAGCUUACCCCACCUUUGUUUUCUUUAAAAAGCUAAAUAUAUGUAGUCUACACCCUUA